AUGGAAAAGAAAGCUAGACCGGGCCGAGUUCUAGUAAAAUGCUCAUUAUGUGGAUCUGUGUUAAACAAGGACUACAAAAAAAUGCACCAGGAAAAUAUUCACGGUGGAAAUUUGGUUAAAAUUAAAAUUGUUACUGUUCCGGAUAAUCCACUUACAUUGGCAGCAAAUCAAAAAAAUAGAGAACGAGAAUCAAUCCCAUCGACUUCGAAAGAGCAUGCUAAUGGUAGGGAGUUGCAGUGUGAAGAGACCAACAAAGAGCCGAUGGGUGGAAAAUUGUACAACUGGAGAUCAUAUUUUAAAGAUGAUGAGCCGUGUGCUUUGUACUGCCAGAACGACGUAAACCAAUUCUCGAAAAGAGCACCAAGGGUUCAAGAUGGCACGAAAUGUAGAGGUGGUUCCAAAGACAUCUGUGUAGCUGGGGUAUGCGUGAUAGUGGGAUGCGAUUUAAAAUUAAACUCAAAUUCUGUCGAAGACGUUUGCGGCAUUUGCAACGGGGAUGGAACCCAGUGUAAAAUAGUCGAUGAAACUUAUGCUGAUAAGGGAGCUCGAGACUACAAAAAGAUCGUCACAAUACCCGCUGGAUCCAGAAAAAUUGUCAUAGACGAAUUAGGACCGUCAGAGAACACCAUUGCUAUUUCCGACAAGACUGAAAAGAACUAUUACCUGAAUGCAAAUCACAACGAAGAACUGGAUGGUGUCAAACAUUUUGGAAAAAUCGAAGGAAUUUAUACCCAUACUGAACCUGGUAGAGAAAAUUUGGUUAUAAAUGGACCCAUCACAGAUGACCUUAUUUUCUGGAACUACUUGCAACUGUUAAGCCUCAUUUAUAGAUUGCCAUUUUUCCUUCCUUCCGUAAAAGAUAAUCAAUACGAAAACCGUAGUGCUGUUUAUAGAUUUCCGUACCCUAAUCUAUUAACAGGGUUUCGUAUUGUUCGUCUUUUACGGGAGGAAGGAGGGAAGGAAGGCUUUAAGGCAGAUUUAAAUAUUGCCUUCCUUCCAUGGUACCAUGCUUCCUUCCUUCCUCCCGUAAAAUAUGAACAAUACGAAAACUGUAGUACUAUUUAUAGAUUCCGUACCCUAAUUUAUAAACAUCACUACGGUUUUUGUAUUGUUCAUAUUUUACGGAAGGAAGGGAGGAAGGAAGGAAGGCAAUAUUUAAAUCAGGCUUUAAGCUUCCGAUAUCAAUGA